GGUAUAUUUGUGAAACUUGGUCCUGACGUCAUUGGUAGAGUUAUGCUUAAAAACCUCUCGGAUCAAUAUGUCCAGAAUUACGAAUCUUGCGUCAACGUAGGAGAUCUAGUUAGGGCUAAAGUAGUAGAGAUCAAUAACGGUCGGAUUGAGUUGUCUCUUAGACUCUCGGAUAUUGAUGAGUCAGCAGGUUUGAGGUACAAGAAGUUGAAGGAGUUGCAACGAAAGGGAAGGAAAAGAAGAAAAAAUAUGCCAUCAGAAUCGACUGAGGAGGAGGAAGAAGAAGAAUUAGUGGAAAUGUCAGAAGGUGAAAGUGACACAAUGGAUCAACAAGAGAUUGAAGAGAAGGAGAGUGUGCUUGAAGAUACAAAGAGACUUAAGAAGAAAAGAAAGCUAGAAGAUAAAGAAGAGGAUAGCUGCAGCAUGACUCCAUUACCAGUGACUGGCGGUUGGGACUAUAACCCAUCCAACGACACCAUUGAAGAGAGAGAUGAUGAAGAUACUAAUGAAGUUAUUAGCAAAAAGAAGAGCAAGAGACAGAAGAAGGCCAUUAAGAAAGCAGAAGAGCUGCAAGAGCAUUCAUUAAUGGAUACCAGCAGGUUACCGCAAUCAGCUGAUGAUUUUGACCGGCUAUUAGUAGCUAAUCCAAACAGCUCUUCGCUGUGGUUACAGUACAUGGCGUUUUAUCUUCAUACAGCUGAAGUGGACAAAGCCAGAGCUACAGCCGAGAGAGGACUAGCAGCAAUAUCAUUUAGGGAAGAAGAUGAGAAACUCAACCUAUGGGUUGGGUUUCUAAAUCUUGAGAACAUGUACGGUGACAGUGAAUCAUUGGACCAAGUUUUUAAAAGAGCUUUGCAGCAAAAUGAUCAAUUUGAGAUUUAUACCAGAUUGAUUGACAUACAUGUGACCUCAAAUAAGCCUGAAUAUGCUGAUCAGUUGUACCAGAUCAUGUGUAAGAAGUUCAGCAGUAAUAUACAAGUCUGGUCUCAAUAUGGCCGCUUCCUAAUGGAGCAAGGCAAAGCUGAUCUUGCGCGUAAAAUAUUACAAAGAAGUUUCAAGUCCCUCACAAAGAAACAACAUAUUGAUAUUACUAAACAGUUUGCUCAGUUUGAGUUCAAAUAUGGCGAAAUGGAGAGAGGAUGUACACUGUUUGAGAACCUAGUCUCAUCCUAUCCUCGUAAGGUUGAUAUCUGGUCAGUUUAUAUUGACAUGUUAACAAAGAAAGGAGAAAUGGACAGAGUGAGGGAUGUGUUUGAACGUGCUGUUAGUUUGAAACUUUCUUCGGUAAAGAAACAGUUUUUAUACAAGCGCUACAUUGAAUUUGAGAGAAAGCAUGGGACACAAUCUCUAGUGGAGACUGUACAAGCUAAAUCACAAGCACUUUUGUAAAAAUAAUUCUAUAAUUUUAUUAAUUAAA